UGCGAAUCAGUGGAUCUCUCGGAGAAGAGAUGCAACGAUUUGAAUACAAUUACAAGUCUUAUCAAGUCAUUUCUUCGACAACUACCGAUUCCUCUCAUCACCUACGAGGCCUAUCCUGAACUCAUCGACAUUGCCCAUUGCUUGCAUGAUGGCUUACCGGCCCACUGUUGCAUUCUUGAAGGCGAUGAACAACUCUCGGAGGAGCAGAAGCACGACUUUCUCAAGGGUUGCAUCCAACGGCUUCCAUUGGCCCACUACUAUUGCCUCCGGUACCUGAUGGGCCACUUGAACAGGGUUGCAGAGCACCAACACACAAACAUGAUGUCGUCGGAAAAUCUGGCUAUCGUGUUCGCACCAAGUCUGAUGAGCUCCUCCUACACGGAUCCGCUGAGUUGCCUAGCUGGGGCCAAAUUUGAGCAGGCAGUGGUUAAUCGAUUGAUCACAGACUUUCCAACAAUUUUCGACGGUGACGAUUGUGUACCCAGUGCGCCUCUCUCUUCCUCUGCCUCUACUACCACCUCUCGCUCGACCACCGCCUCCUUGCGCUGA